AUGGCUGGCGCCAUAAGACAACCCAUCGACAUCCCCGCGCUCGAGCGCUACAUCUCACAACAUGUCCCCGAAAUCACGAUUCCAAUCGACGUCAAACAGUUUGGAUUCGGCCAAUCCAACCCAACCUACCAACUGACCUCCACCUCGGGCCGCAAAUAUGUGAUGCGCAAAAAACCACCAGGAAAGCUCAUCUCCAAGACUGCACAUAAGGUUGAGCGUGAAUACCGCAUUUUGCACGCUUUGCAUGACACCGAUGUCACAGUCCCGAAGGUCUACUGCCUGUGUGAAGAUGAUAGCAUCAUCGGGACGCCGUUUUAUAUCAUGGAGUUUCUUGACGGGCGGAUCAUCGAGGACCCCGCGAUUCCGAAUGUUACGCCGGCAGAGAGGACGGAGAUGUGGCACGACGCGAUCCGCACCCUAGCGAAGUUGCACCGCGUAAACCCAAAGUCUGUGGGCCUGGAGACCUACGGCAAGCCAGCAGGGUUCUACAAUCGACAGAUCAAGACGUUCCAGAUUCUCAGCGCGGCGCAGGCGCAGGCCGUCGAUGCCGAUACAAAGAAGGCCGUGGGCGACAUCCCGCAUUUCCCAGAUAUGCUAGCAUUCUUCUCCGACCUCGCGACGCAACCAAAAGAUAGGGGUGUUCCCAUCCAUGGAGACUAUAAGAUCGAUAAUGUAGUUUUUCACAAGACGGAGCCGAGGGUCAUUGGGAUCUUAGACUGGGAAAUGUCCACCAUUGGCCACCCCCUCUCCGACCUCGCCAAUAUUCUUAACCCCUAUAUCACUGCCCUUUCUGGUCCCAAUCCGCACCUAGGUUUUGCUCCUGGCGCCACGCCCGGUCUGCCCAGCCAAGAACAAGUCGUGUCGUGGUACCGCGAAGUCGCUGGGUGGAGCCCAGAGCCAGAGCUCGCGUGGGGCACCGCGUUCAGUAUAUUCCGCCAGUCGGUCAUUAUGCAGGGGAUAGCAGCGAGGGUGGCGCAGAGGCAGGCGAGCAGUGCGCAGGCGAAGGCGUAUGCGGAUUUGUUUAUAGAGUUUGGGGAGUUCUCAUGGGGGCUAAUAUUAGAGGCGAAGGGGAGGGCGAGAUUAUAG